AGAUGCUAACAAUUUGUACAAAAGUGGAUAUGGAACAAUCUUUUGCUUUGGUCACGUUGAGAAAGUGUUAUGAUUUUGUACAAAUUACAAAGUAUCAAACUAAUUAAAGUUUUUAACUAUGGGUAAGCUAGAUGUAGCUAUAUUACGAUACCUUACCGGUGAGGACUUUCGAGUGCUGACUGCAGUGGAAAUGGGCAUGAAAAACCACGAGCUAGUGCCAGGAUCACUUGUGGCGUCGAUAGCGAACCUGAGGCAUGGCGGAGUCCACAAACUAAUGAAGGAUUUGUGUAAACACAGACUGUUGACAUAUGAGAGGGGCAAACAAUAUGAUGGCUACCGUCUCACAAACGCUGGCUAUGACUACUUAGCCUUGAAAGCCCUGACGAACAGGAAGGUGAUUGCAUCAUUUGGCAACCAGAUUGGUGUGGGCAAGGAGUCCAACAUCUAUACCGUGGCAGAUGAAGACCGGAACCCACUGUGCUUGAAGCUUCACAGACUUGGUCGUACAUGCUUCCGUAAUAUAAAAGGCAAAAGGGACUACCACGCGCACCGCAACAAAGCUUCCUGGCUGUACCUGUCUCGUAUAUCGGCUACCAAGGAGUUUGCAUACAUGAAGGCUCUGUAUGACAGAGGCUUCCCGGUGCCCAAGCCUAUGGACUUCAACCGGCAUUGCGUUGUUAUGGAGCUGGUGAAUGGAGGGCCAUUAACCCAUGUGACGUCAGUAGAAGACCCGGAGCCCCUCUAUGAUGAGCUGAUGAACCUCAUUGUGCGUCUUGGCAACUGCGGGGUUAUCCACGGCGACUUCAACGAGUUCAAUAUCAUGAUUGACGAAACCAAUCAUCCCGUCAUCAUCGACUUCCCGCAGAUGGUGUCCACAUCUCAUCCUAAUGCUGAACUAUACUUCGACCGAGACGUACGUUGCGUGCGCGAGUUUUUCAAGAAGCGCUUCGGUUAUGAGAGCGAACUGUUCCCGAAGUUCAGCGAUCUGGAGAGAGACGACGAACUCGACGCAGAGGUCGCCUGCUCGGGGUACAAGCGCAGUAAGGGCGUGGAGGAUGAGCUGCUGCAGGAAAUGGGAAUUGAACUGGAGGUGAGCGACCUUGAAGAUUCUGAUGAAGAUAAUGCUGAUGAUGAACAGGAGAGGAGCACAAAAUACACUGACAAUGAAAUAGAAGAACUAAGAAAAGAGGUGGAACAAUCAAUCGAACAUGAUGAAAAAUCAGCGCUAAAGCAAAUCACGGCAAAAACUGUAACACUUACUAAAAUUGACCAAAAGUCGGCAACCGAUGACGAAGAAAUACCAACACUCGUGCCAGCUAACAACCAACAAAAUAACGAACAGAACAAUCUGGAUCAUAAUAAGAACAUUGAAGAACAAGAGAACAUUUCCGAACACCGAGAUAACAUUUCAGAACUCGACAGAAAUUCACAAAAAUUCAGACUGGCCAUGAUAGAGAAGGCUUUGUCUGACGUGAGGUCAAUGCGAACUUAUACUUCUGCCAGUACCAUUGCUCCUGAGGUAGUUAAGCAGCAGGUAAAGAAGAAUUUAGAAAUACGGCAGAAGAAAAUGGACAGGAAGAAGGCGAUUGCGAAGGGAGAGGCGAGCGCAGUGACGAGACAGCGCAGGGAUAAUAGAGAGACGAUCAGAGAGAGUAACGGGCUGUGGGGAUGGGAUGAAUAAAUAAUAUUUUUAUAUGGU